AUGUCACCGAUGUUGACGGCUCGUCAGGAUCAGGACACUCUGGAAGCCGGUGGACUCUGCAUGUUCCUAGUCAGUGGCGAUCUUUUCCAUGCUCCAAGGCCGGCUCUUCCUCCUCCUCCUCCUUCUGAUCAUCAUCAUCAUCAUUAUCAUCAUCAUCCUUUUCAUCUAAAUUCUGGCCAUGGAGCCAGGCGGUGCCGGAUGUUUCUACAAACAAGGCCACACAGUCUGUUUAUGAUGCAGUAG